CGGAAACACACACUUCCAUAGGUAUCUCGACGACGGCGUCCGAAAUUCCGGCGGCCGAUGCAACAGUACAGGCUGUGCCUGCGGCGGUGGUUGCUGAUACAAAAGCACAGAGCUCCAAUGAUCACCUCGACGAGAAAUUGAGGGGAGCAGGAAGUGGGCAAACUUCUAUUGCAAUGGGACAAUACCAUGGUUCUGACUACAUAGGGAUCAACGAAAUUCCUUCUCCAGGAGCAAAUCAUGGUAGAAAAGUCUCAGUUAUACCCCUGAUUUUCCUCAUAUUUUAUGAGGUUUCAGGGGGUCCAUUUGGUGUCGAGGAUAGUGUGAGGGCUGCUGGUCCGCUUCUUGCCCUUGCUGGGUUUUUGAUAUUCCCAUUGAUAUGGAGUGUUCCAGAAGCCUUAAUAACUGCAGAGAUGGGCACAAUGUUUCCCGAAAAUGGUGGCUAUGUAGUUUGGGUUUCUUCUGCUUUGGGACCGUUCUGGGGUUUCCAGCAAGGAUGGAUGAAAUGGCUGAGUGGGGUAAUUGACAAUGCCCUUUACCCUGUACUGUUUCUUGAUUAUCUAAAAUCAGGUAUCCCUGCAUUGGGUGGUGGUUUGCCUCGUGUUAUAGCCGUUCUGGCCUUGACGAUCAUCCUAACAUACAUGAACUAUAGAGGUUUAACCAUUGUGGGGUGGGUUGCUGUACUGCUUGGAAUUUUCUCCAUUCUUCCUUUCAUUGUCAUGGGGUUCAUUUCAAUCCCAAAGUUGAGGCCUGAAAGAUGGUUAGCUGCAGAUGUUCAUAAUGUGGACUGGAAUUUAUAUCUCAAUACUCUUUUCUGGAAUCUGAAUUAUUGGGAUUCAAUAAGUACUCUGGCAGGAGAAGUACAAAACCCAAAGAAAACUCUUCCGAAAGCUCUGUUUUAUGCAUUGAUUCUUGUCGUUCUUGGGUAUUUCUUUCCUCUACUGACUGGGACGGGGGCUAUUCCCCUGCACCGUGACUCGUGGACUGAUGGUUACUUCUCGGAUGUAGCAAAACUGCUUGGCGGAGUGUGGUUGAGAUGGUGGAUUCAGGGGGCUGCAGCUAUGUCAAAUAUGGGGAUGUUUGUGGCUGAAAUGAGCAGCGAUUCAUUUCAGCUUCUUGGCAUGGCUGAAAGAGGAAUGCUCCCUGAAUUCUUUGCCAGGAGAUCUCGUUAUGGGACUCCUCUUGUUGGGAUCCUAUUCUCAGCUUCUGGUGUGCUGCUGCUUUCGUGGCUGAGCUUUCAAGAGAUAGUAGCUGCAGAAAACUUCUUGUAUUGCUUUGGAAUGAUGUUGGAAUUUAUAGCGUUUGUGCGGCUUAGAAUUAUUUCCCCUGCUGCACCCCGGCCUUACAAGAUUCCAGUUGGGACAGUUGGUGCCAUCCUAAUGUGUGUUCCUCCAACCUUAUUAAUCUGUGUCGUCUUGGCUUUCUCCUCGCUCAAAGUCAUGAUUGUCAGUCUCGUUGCAGUUAUGCUUGGGCUCAUACUGCACCCGUGCCUCACUCACUGUGAGAAGAAAAGAUGGCUUAGAUUCUCCGUAAGUUCCAAUCUUCCAGAUAUUCACACAGCCCAUGUGAAUGAAAAUCUGAUGUUCUGAUAACAUCCAGUGGCUUGUUCAAUGUUGAUGCUGACGUGUGGGAUCUCGUUUGAUGUUGGAAGUUGUUGGUCGGAGGUAUAAUUUCAGCUUCUUCAAAUUUAUGAUCUUCUUCGACUGCUUCAUACUCGUUCAUUCUCAAGAAUAGCUUGUCAAAGUAACAACUUUUGCAGAGACAGCAGACAGAUGGUAAUUCUUCUGCUUUCCUUAGUUAUGUGGAUUUUGUGAUGAAGUGUGUAACUUAAGUAGGUUAACUGGAGAACAGUUUGCAAAACUUUUUGUGGCUGCUUCGUUCCAGUAGGAAAUCUGCAGGAGAUUAAUCAAUGGGACAACACGUGAACCUAACUCAAAACCCCCUUAGUUUUAGCUUUGGUGAUGAACAAUAUCGACCAACAGAAUGCUGUAAAGUGCCAGUUUUUUUCCGUUUGCAUACGUAUCUAUGUAAUAGAUUGUUUUUCUUACAAUUUCUGCUUGGUGUGACGGAUUUUAACCCA